CCACCGAGAGUCAACAAUCUCGUCGCGUUUUUUUUUUGUAUUUUGCUUGCAUUGCGCUGAUGCAGCCUCAGCAGAAAAUAAGUGUAAUUGGCAGCAAGUUUUAAUCCCUAGAUUUGCCAUCAUGGCAUAAGAAGAUAAAAGUGAAGUGAGUUCGCGUUGAAUAAGUGCGGAAAUCGCUCAAGGUACGGGAAAUGUCGUGCGUAGUCGUUGUCCGAGAGGGGGGAUCCGAUUCGCUGGCAAAGUGAGUGCGAGUAGGGUUUGAUUUCUGUUUAAUUCAUUAAGAGACGGGGGAAAUAUCUCUAGAUAAAGCACAGGUUGUGGAGUGCGAGUAGGACGAAGUGCGACCUUGUCAGCCAAGGAAGUGGCAGAUUUGGAGGAUUUUGAUUACGUGGGGGUGAAAAUCGCGAAAUGAGUUUCGCGGGGAAGUGGCUUUGGGCUGGGCUGGUGCUGUUGGUGGUAGGCCUGUUGGGCGGCAGUCAACCGUCGGAGGGAGCCCACCUGCGGGGAUCGUUUACGGUGGAUCAGUUCUUCCGGUUUCUGAUCAAGUUUGGCUUCCAGAAGACGGAGAAACACUCGCAGCAAAAUACGGAAUCGGAUACGUUCGGAUACAUCUAUGGAAAUGUUACGUCGAGGGUGAACUUUACCGUCCCGGUUACGUUGGCCGUGCUGGAUAAGCACAACUUUCUGGAGUACUACGCCAAUCGGAACAACUUCGAUCAGGAUGUGGCCUGCCAGCGGAUGUUCGACAAGCUCGACAAGGUGGCAUUCAAUAGCAAGUGCAACAAAGGGGCGGAAGCAGAUUACCUGCGGAGGAUUCCCUGCGAGCGGGGGAGGUUGUGUGCGGAUGAAGACAGUCCGGCGAAUGUGGUGUCUGGAAGUCAAUUUACCUACGUGAUUAGCGAUCCCAAUGUUCCAAGAUUCUGGUACAUUUCGAUGGUAGCUUGCUACCAGAAUGUGAGCACUUGUCAGUGGCAUCACUACGACUACCGGAAGUAUCACAGCGAACCACCGGAGAUCGACUUCGACAUUCAGCUAGUCAACGGGAAUCCCAAUCGGCAGAGUGUCUCGUUUUUCAAUCCGCUGCUGUUCCACUUCUCGUUCGACCAUCAGAACACUCUGGAGAUGUAUCUGAUCUUCUUCGUUAUCUAUCUGGUGAUGGUUCCGCUGCAAAUCUACGCCGUUCGGCUGCAGAAACAUCCGGUGACGCGGCUGUUCACGGUCAGCUUGCUGCUGGAGUUCAUAAGCGUCUGCCUGCUGCUGACGCACACCGUUCGCUACGCCAUGAAUGGUGUAGGAAACGAGAACCUGGCCAUUACCGGGGAUAUCUUCGACAUCUUCAGUAGGACUUCAUUCAUGCUAAUUUUGUUACUGCUGGCUAAGGGCUGGGCGGUUACGCGGUUGCAAAUCUCCGUCAGCAGUUGGAUCCUGCUGAUGGUGAUUUGGAUUCCCUACUGUGCAAUACACGUGCUGCUGUAUAUUUGGAACAGGACGGAAGUUGACAUCAUUUCCGACAUUGACGAGUACCAAACUUGGCCCGGGUGGUUGGUGCUUGCGUGCAGGUCAACCAUGAUGCUGUGGUUCCUGUGGGAGCUUCGUAUCACGAUGAAGUACGAACACUCGACGCAGAAGCUGGACUUUCUGCUGCACUUCGGGGCUUCCAGCCUGGUGUGGUUCAUCUAUCUGCCGAUCGUGGCGAUCAUCGCGGUGAACGUGAACCCGCUGUGGCGAUAUAAGCUGCUAUUAGGAAUAACAAAUUCAGCCGACUGUUUGGCGUAUUGCGUGAUGAUGGGAUUGCUGUGGCCAAAUCGUGCCGGCCAGUACCUUCUGUUGACCGGGUCCAACUAUGCAGGCAUGGACGAGCUGGACGAAUUCAACGAGGCACCGCACAUUGUGCACUCGGACGUCCUGCGGGUGGGCUGCGACGAUGACUACGCGGACAACGAUGAUGAUGACGAAAUCGAGACCCUGGUGCUCAGCACCGACGACCUGCUGAACACGGGCAGCAACGGGGGCACCGGUCCGGAACCAGCGCCAACGAUCGUCAGCGGUGGUGGCAGCAAACCGCUGAUACUGAACGGCCGAAGUCGGAACCACCUCUAGAGGGAGUGAGAGGCUAUUUCUAGUAUGUAGAAGCAUUUUCCCCAGACUGCAGCAGCACUUGUUGUGUAAGUAUGUUUUUUUAACUAACACUAUACUUAGAUUCUUGUUUAUAGAAGUAUGUACCAUUAUUAUCGCUGGGAUUGGAAACGAAUUUUGUAAAUAGUAGGUCAAACGAGAUGAUUUUAUAAACAGUGAUUAACAGUGAAAACCUUUUUCUAAUCCGUCGCGCGGUGGGAUUAUAUUGAUUGAUUGUGAAUCUUAAACGAAAAUCAGAGACGAAUCUUAUUGGUAGGAACAUUUUCUAAAACAACUAACAGCUCAUGUGCCAUAAGAGAGAGAGAUAGAGAGAGAGAAAGCCGGUUCAAUUCGCGCAGAUUUGUUGUUUCUACGGAUAGUUUUGUAGUGUCGACGGUGCCCCCAAUGCUUAGAUGUAGCCUAGCAAGCAACGCGGCUUUGCACUAGAAUAGAACAUUUCGGUUUUAGAACUUUUGCGACAUUGAUGGCUAGAAGAACAAACAAAACAAACAAAAAACGUUAAUCCAAUGCUCCACUCAUGGUAGGAAAUAACUAGGCAAAUAUGAUUAUGGCACCUUCCAAUAGUUUAGGAUAGAAUGGAAAACGGCGUGUGAUAUAGGAAGAAACAUAGCAAUUAAUCGCAGCAAACGGAAGAAUUAGUACAGAAGUGUUAUGUAGGCUUUUAGGGUAGAAGUUUUACUGAAGAUUAUAUAGAACCGAAGAAGGCAACGAAUGCCAAAGAGACUGGAUGUUCAGUUAGAUGCAAACAUUGAUCGAUUCUCUUCGUAGGUUUUCUCAACGGCUACCAAAACGUUUUCAAUCAUGUCCAUCGUAUUGGAUGCUAGAUAAAAUAGCUUCUGCUUCUUUUAUGACUGAGAAAAAAUCGACGAGGAUAAUCGAUCGGUGUUACAUUGGACCGUUUAACAAAAUUAUUUGGAUUGGAAUACAGUCCGCUAGCAAAUCCGUUCGGAGAUUUAACCUUUGAAAGACAGAAGGUGAUAUUGUGUCUGUUUCUUAGCGUUUGUAUCAGAAAACGGAACAACCAGUCUGCUUGGUAUGUUGUCUUCGAUAAAACUUAAUUAGCUGUGUACUAGGGUGCUUCAUUCUCCAAAAUGAAGCUCCUUACUAUGUAGGGUAAGGUGGGGCAAGAUGGAACAGCUACGACAUUUCUGAAUUAAUUUGCUUGUCAAUAUCAACAGGUUCAAUGCAGCUUUUUCAAUCCAACAUUGGGGCUACAUUAAGCCCGUUGAUGUUCUUCUUUCUGGAGGGAAUUAAAGCCGUUGGUCCCGGCCCAUGUGUGUUGAAUGAAUGGGUGCGAUAUCCGUCAAUGGAUGGCACUAGAUUGAGGAACAGAGACCGACGUUAAAUAAAGGAAAGAAGGCUAAGCCCGUUGACAAACAAAAAUAUAAUUAAAUCAUGUAGAUGACCUAUUUUGCCCCACCUUACCCUACUACCUACCUAACCAACAAGUAUUUCAACAACUGCAAUUUAGUAUCAUUUCGCUUUCAAAACACCAUUUCAUUUGUAGCCGUCGCAUUUGAGCAAAUUUGCAGUUUUAACGCUCCUAACUUAAGUAUUCACUUUUCUAUCGUCUGCAUAUCGCCAGUGGUUCCCAAAUCGGUGAAUGUUGUGGCCCUUGUUUUUAAUUCACAUUCGGUAUUUUUUUUAUCCAGCUCAACCCCGACUUUCAAGGUUUUUGAGUUCAGGUUAUUGUUGUUGAAAUUUGCUUUAGCACUUACCUCGUAAAUCUUGAGAUUUGUGCUUUUGGAAUUGCAAAGUGUGAUGAGAUAAAGGACUCUACAUGGUAUCACUUAUGCUAUAUUGGGAAAGUAAAGGAUCUAUUCUAUUUAGCAUGCAGCCGUUUGGCAGAAUACCAUUUGGCAUAAUGACAACGGAUUCAUAACCGUAGUCAACGUAGCAAAAUUCGAGUCUUUGAUUCAAACGUGAAAUCUGUGUUGUUAUACGCCAGCGAGACGUGGUGUGUAUCAGCGGAGGACAGUCAAAAGCUGCAGAUCUUCAUCAACCGAUGCCUGUGGUAUAUAAUUCACAACUGGAUCUCUAAUGCUGAGCUCCAUCGUCGAUGUCAUCAGAAACCGAUAUCAACAGAAAUUCGAGAGCAAAAGUGGAGGUGGGUCGGCCACACACUACGAAGGGGCGGAAACGAAAUUUGCAAGCAAGCGCAGGAUUUGAACCCGGCAGGACGUCACAGCAGAGGCAGACCCAGGGGCUCAUGGCGGCGGAGCCUCAACAAGGAAAUAAAGGAAGUCGACGGGAAUCUGACCCGGGCGCAGGUCAAGGCAAAAGCGAGCAGCUUCUACGACACGUUCAAAUUGUUACUCCAUGUUUGCUGCACUGAAGUAGCAAUUUCAGGUGAAAUGGGGCUCCGAUUUCCGAGAUUUGUGUAAUUGCAAAUUCGAAGUGGAAGUGCAUGUAUAGCCUACGCAGCGGCCAUUUGUGGACUCUACAAGGAGUCACCUUAAUUAAUUGGCGUUAGUUUGAAGGUAGUGGUAGUAAAAUUACGUUUAUUUCUGUUAAUUAUGCUUUUACAUUGUUUUAACAUUUUAUUGAUUGGCCUUGACAUUGAUUAGCCUUUCAGGCUCUUCAUCUUUGUUUAAUUUGUUAUUUUAAUAUACGUAUUCACGUUUUUCUACUACUCUACAGAAUACCCCUUGGGUGGUGUGUUAUAUAUGAAUUAAAAAAAAAGUGAUAACCUACCUAACUACGAGUAUAACAUAGCCUAACGUGCAAGAUCACGUAUGAUCCGUAUGAUGAGUUGAUCUGAGACAGGUGUCUCUGAACCUUCCCAGGAUAAAAACUCUCCGUUCUUCUAAUGUCUGAAUUCCAGCCAGGAGGUGGAUCUCAGAAUUUCUAGUUCGCGGGGGACUGUUUAGGAUCUUGUUCUGGAUCCUUUGGAGUUUAAGGUGAUGGCAUUUGGCGCAGCUCUCCGAGAUUGGCACACCGUACUGGAUUACGGGAAUGAUGAUUUGUUUGUAGACAGUAAGCUUAUUUUUCAGGGACAGGGUAGACCUCCUGUUGAUGAGUAGAUACAGGGAUCUUAUCAGGAUGUUACACUUGGUUUUCUUUUUAUCAGCGUGCUCCCUGAAAAUCAGUAAGCUUUCUAGUGUUAAGCCGAGGUAGACUACCUCUUUCGACCAUUCCACCACUGUGCCGUUCAGGCAGAUCUUAUUAUUCUCCGACGGAACAAGUCUGGGAGAUUUAGAGUGUGGAAAGAUGAUGACCUGGGUCUUUGUCGCGUUGAUACGGAUCUUCCAGCUGUUGAAAUAUUCAGACAGGACGUCCAGGCCUCUCUGAAGUUUGGCAGUCAGAGCUCCGAUGACCCUACCCUUGUAGACGAUGGAUGUGUCAUCUGCGAGCAGAGGCAACAAUCCACCAUCAGGGAGAGCCGGCAUAUCGGAGGUGAACGGGUUGAAUAGAAUGGGGCCAAUAAUGAUUCCUUGUGGAACCCCGGCACCGAUGUUGAAAGCAUCCGAUGCCAUUCAGAGAUACUCGGAGCGUCUUGUCCGAUAGAUAAUUAUUUAUUAUCUUCACUAGGAAGAUUGGAAGACCGUAUUGCUGCAAUUUGAACACCAGGCCAUCGUGCCAGACAUUGUCGAACGCUUUUUCAACGUUCAACAACGCCAUGGCAGAUGUUUUCGACACAGACUUGUUCCGUCUGAGAAUGUUUGUUACUCGAGUCAGCUAGUGGACAGUCGAACGACCUUUCCGAAAACCAAACUGUUCCUCGAGUAAGAUGUUGUUUUGUUCGGUAGAUGUUAGGAGCCGGUGGUAGACUGCUCUUUCGAACAGUUUUGAUAACCCUGAGAGAAGGCUGAUUAAUCGAUAACUUGAAGGAGAGGACGGAUCCCUCCCAGGUUUCCGGAUGGGUAUGACUUUAGCUGACUUCCAGCACGAGGGGAAGUAGCCAAGUCGGAGGCACAGAUUAAAAAUCAGUGCUAGAUGGUUGUAGAAUCUGGAACUCAAGUGUUUGAGUUCCAGAUUCAGGAUGUUAUCGAAGCCAGAGGCCUCCAUGUUGUUAGAUGAUUUGAUAUAGGGCAACAGUUCGUCAGCAGAAAUCUCGGAUUCCUCGGAAAAUAUGUUGGGAAUCUGAUGAAGAUUGGUUGCAUUUUCAGCAACCUCAGCUUGGUGAGGGCUGACGAUGUUUUGUCCGAGAUUAUGGGAGCUGACAAAGUGUUGACCUAUCGUGGCAGCCUUCUCUUCAGGAGUUAUCAGAUGAAUCACUGGGUCGCCGGGACUAUCCAGUGGGGUCAGUGGUUGAAUGGGUCUUGACUUAUUUUUAAGGAUUUUGGUUAGUUUCCAAAAAGAGUUUUGCACAAUCUGGGAGAGAGCGGAUCCUGUUAGCAAAGUUCUGAUUUCUGAGGUCCACCAUCCUAGCUUGGAUGGUUUUUGUUAGGCGAUUACAGUGGGUCUUCAAGGCAGGCAAGCCAGAACGCUGGUAUUCCCUUCGAAUGGAGUUACGGAGUCUAAUGAGAGUUUUGGUAAUUCUAUCAAGGUUCAGAGUAUUGCUCACCUGUCUGGAUACUGGCACGUGUUGUUCCCUGGCCCGAGGUAUCGCCUCCUCGAUAGAACGCAGACACCGGUCAACGUCUUCGGGCGUCUCCGGAAGGACACCGUAGUCGAUAGUGGAGUCGACACAGCGUUGGAACUGUUGCGUCGGGAAGCUUCGAAUCAGUUGACGGAUGAGCCCACAUCGCCCACAACCGGAUAGUGGUCCGAACUCAGCUCCUGGUGGGUCACAGGUUGCGAGAUGUUGCUGACGAAGAUGUCGAUGGUGGAGUGUACGCCAGACCGGAUCAAGCAGAUGGGAGAGUCCGGCACUAUUAUGGUGUAGUGAGCCUCUUGCAGGUCGUCGUUCAGGAUUGUGCCGUUUUGGUUGCGUCGACUGUUGCCCCAAGCCUGGUAUUUGGCGUUCAGGUCGCCAGCGAAGAUGUAGUUCUCACAGCGUCGAGUUAGUCUGAUGAUAUCUCUCCGCAGGUCUGCUGCCGACCCGUCUCUGAUGGUGACUUGUUUGCGACAGUAGGCCGCAAUGAUGGUAAUAGGGCCGAUAGGAGUGGAGACUUCCACACCCACCGCUUCAAUCAUCUUCAGCUGGAAACUCGGUAGCAGUCGACAGCCAAUAUUUCUCCUUAAUGCCAUAGCCACUCCUUUAUCUCCGGCUUCAGGUGUGUUUCGGUGAUGACGGCGAUGUCAAUGCUAUGCUCAUUGAGAAAAUCAACGAACUCAAUGAUUUUGCUCUUGAGCGAGCAAGCGUUCCAGUUGACUAUUUUGAUGGCUUCACUGUCCAUACUUUUGCACGAGGGACAUAACUGCACGAAUCUAUUCAGGUAGUGUCUUGGGGGUGCGCAAGAUUAUGAUCACCUCAGUCACUAGGAUCACUAGUUCGUCGCUUGUGAGUGGAGAAUUGUCUUCUGACUCACCUGACACAGCACGGGUGUACGAUAAUCCCGGUGCAGUAGAACCAUGGCUCGGCUGAGCCGCAGCGGCAGUGAGGCGAUACUGAACUGAACGGUGGCUGGGACGCGCUUGAUCUGAUGUUGUAUUCGCAACGGGGGGGGGUCGCUGGUAUAGUGGAAGCGGUGCUAGGUUCGGGACCAUAUGACGAGCCUGAAGUACUGGAACGUGUCCAUGUUGACAAUAGGAGCACGAUUAUUGCGGUGUCGACCAGGAUGGUUCGUCGUGGACGCCUGUUGUCGGAUCUGGAUGAAGGCCGCUCGCUUGGGACAUCUCCUAUCGCUGCCCAGAUGAUUGGAAUCACAGUUCACGUACUUAGGUUCAGCUUCUUCUUCCUUCUUGCAGGCGGUAGUAUUGUGAGCCCCAGCACAUUUGCCACAACGAGCCUUCAUGUGACAAUAAUUCUUCGUACCGUGCCCAAAUGCCAGACAAUUAGUGCACUGUGUCACGUCACGGUGCCAAGGGCGAUACUGUUCUCACUGAAUCACGAUGUUGAACAGCGCGCGAAUCUGCCACAGAGCAGCCACACUGGUUGAGCCCUUAUCGAAGUGCACCAAGUACAACUGGUCACGGAGUGCACUGGUUUCAUCACGUCUCGCAAUGGAAAAAAAAUGUUGAUUGGUUGCAGAUGAAGGUGCUCUAAUUCCGCUUUAAUCUUCGCACCAGGGAGAUUUGGAAGACCACGGAUCACCGUUUUCAGUGGUUUGCUUCCAGGGACGUCGUGAGUGUAGAACUCAAACCGGUUCAACUGAAGAAAAGUGCCAACAGCGUUGUAGUCCGCCAGCGUCGAGCACAAGAUUUUGAUUUCCGUGCUGCACAGCUUGAACAGCGGAUGGAUUUGAUUUUUAGCCAGUUCAUUCAUGAGGCAACCUUUCCAUGUGGUUGCUGGCACCUUUCUUGCGAGGCCUUUUCGGGGCAUCUUGAACGGAUGCGGUUGCAUCGGAACUUUGGCGACCCAUCACCUUUUGUUUUUUCAACGGGUGAGUGGAGGCAUUCAAUUGUUGCUCCACUACCGCCGAUUUAGCGUCUACCACAAGAGAGGCGAGAACUGACAUGGCACGUUGCUAGCCAAAGCGAAAACUCGCGACGGGUUCCACGACCAAACGAUCGACUUAAAACACCGAACGACUCGAGAGAGCGAGCGAAAAUAAAAUCGGACUGUACAGCUUGAUGGUCAAGCAGAGAAUGUUAGUUUGAAGGCCUACAAGAUGCCUAUAUCUAUGUAAAAAAACAUUGAAUCGAUUGGUGAUGGUCCCAUCUUGUGCAAAUUUCGCGAAGAGAUCCAAUUUGACCGAUUCUUCCCAAAAUACAUGAUAGCAUCAAUAGAAAAACUGAUUUGGUGCCCGGCAAACGAUCUUAAAUAGCAUCUUUACAUUAUAAAAAUAACAGGGUGAUCAAAUGUCAUACAUUUCAUACUGUGAAAACCUAAAAAAAUGAUAUUUUUGUCCGAUUCUCCUCAAAAUACAUGAGAGAAGGUAAUAAAGCAUAUGAAUCUAAUGCCACCCAUUUCAUAUUGUGUAGACCUAAAAAUUUGUAUAUUUUGCCAGAUUCUCCUUAAAAUACAUCCAUUUCCAAAUGGGUGCUGUUUGAGAUCAUUUCCAGGGCGUAAAAAAAAAAGUUUCCAAACGCUUCACCAGCUGCUACCAUGUAUUUUGGGGAGAAUCGGGUGAAAUGGACCAUUGAUUGAAAUCUACACAGUAUGAAACAGGGGGCAUUUCUGAUAAUUUAAACGAUGAAUCGGUGCUACUUGAAUUCAUUUUGCUGGCGCCACAUGUUUUCAAAUGUGUAGGUUCUAUCAUAUAUUUUGGAGAAAAUUGGGCAAAAUUUAUUAAAUAGGUGGCAUUCGAUUCCCCGGAUGUAUGUGGGUGCUAUUUGAGAUCAUUUCCCGGGCGCCAAAUCUGUCAAAAUUUCAAAAUGGCACUCAAUAUGGCGGCUUCCGAUUUCAGAAUAAGUGGGGAAUACUAUCAAACCCGAGAUCAAACCCCCAUAUAUAUGGAUAUUUUUGGAAUCGGAGUGACGUCUAGAGAUCGGUAAUCGAUAUGCGACGUUAUUUUGAAAACCAAGAUGAUCGCAUCCGGUUUAAGUAAAACUGGGAAAUACUGUCAAAUACCCAUCAAUCUAUGUAUUUUUGGAAUCGGGGUGACGUCUGGAGUCGGAAAUCGAUUUGCGACGCCAUUUUUGAAUCCAAGAUGGCGGGUUCCGGUUUAAGAAAAAUGAGAAAUACUGUCAAAUACCCAUCAAUAUAGGUAUGUUUUGAAUUGCGAUGACGUCUAGAGACUGAACAUCGAUAUCUGACGCCAUUUUGAAAUCAAAGAUGAUGGCUUCCGUUUUAAUAAAAACUGGGAAAUACUGUCAAAUUCCCAUCAAUAUGGGUAUUUUUGGUAUCAAGCUUAUGUCUAGAGGCCGGAAAUUGAUCUCCGAUGACAUUUUGAAAACCAAAACGGUGGCUUCCGGUUUAAGAAAAAGUGGGAAUUACUGUUAAAUACCGAUCAAUAUAGGUAUUUUUGGAAUCGGAAUGAUGUCUGGAGCCGGAAAUCGAUAUCGGACGCUUUUUAAAAAUCUAAGUUGGCGACUUGCGAUUUCAGAAAAGUGGGAAUUACUGUCAAAUACCCAUCAAUAUGUAUAUUUUUGGAAUCGGGGUGACGUCUAGAGAUCGGAAAUCGAUAUGCGACGCUAUUUUUAAAUCCAAGAUGUCCGCUUCCGGUUUAAGAAAAAGUGAGAACCAUCAUAUACCAUCUGUAUAGGUAUUUUUAGAAUCGGGAUGACGUCCAGAGGCUGAAAAUCGAUAUCCGACGCCAAUUUUAAAUCCAAGAUCGCGGCUUCCGAUUUAAGGAAAAAAGGGAAAUGCUGUCAAAUCCUCAUCAAUAUAGAUAUUUUUGGAAUCGGGAUGACAUCUAGAGGCUGGAAAGUGAUAUCCAACGCCAUUUUGAAAUCCAAGAUGGUGGCUUACGAUUUCAGAAUAAGUAUAAAAUACUGUCAAAUACCCAUUAAUAUGGGUAUUCUUGGAAUCAGGAUGACGUCUAGAGGCCGAAAAACAAUAUUCGAUGCGAGGGGUGCGACACAUCUAAAUCUCGAUUUUAAAUCAGUGCUAA